AUGCAAGAUGGGGCCUUAGAAGAAAGAUGGAUUGUAACUCUUCAGAAUCUUCAAGAGGAGGACAUUGAGUGGAGAGCUCAUUGGUUGCUGUCAGAUGAGAUAUUGUAUAGAUGUGGAGAUUUCGAUUGGGUUCCCCUACUUGGGAUUUGGGGAGCUAUUGGUUAUGCACCGUUACUGGUAUUGAGGCAGUAUAGAUCGAGGCAGUUCGUACCUACAACCCAAGGAUUAGCUCAAAGUGAGUUCUCGUACAAAUGUGAUGGCUACAAGAAAAAGAUUCGAGAAAUGACAAAUGCUUGGAGGCAGACUCAUCGAUUGAAGAGAUUGUCAGUAGGCCCGUCGAUGACUCCUGAAUAUAUCAGUUGGCUGGGUAGGAGGGUCAAUGAUAAUAUACCUGUACCAGGUCAAGGAGACAGCCAAUUAGUAGAAAAGCAUGUACAUAUGGUCCCUUCUGAGCUAGAAAUCAUAAAACAAGAUUUUGAAAGAAGAAAUUCUGAGCUUGAGAAGAAGAUAGGGCAAAUGGAAGAGGAAAAGAUGAGUCUGAAGCUGGAUGUGGAUGUUCAGAAGCUGGAAACCGAAGGCCUGAGGAAAGAAAAGCGCAAAUCUAAGGAAGAUUUGAAUAGCUUGAAGAUGGAUUAUAAGAGGCUACGUAUGUCAAUGAGAACUGCUGGAUUGGGAAAAACCUCAGAGCAGUGGCGUCAAGAAGUUCAAGAAGAAAAGGUCAAGGCUGAUAGGUGGGAAAAGAGAUUUCAGGAGGCUCAAAAGCAAAAUAAGUCUUUUGAGAGGAGUUUGUCCGAAAGCCAGAACGAAAAGGAUAAAUUAAAAGCUAGGGUGGCCGAACUGGAGGCGAUAUUACAAGACUAUGAAGCCAGAAUUGAACAUCUGGAAGCAAAUGAAGAUCAUCAAAAUGAACAGCUUCACUAUCUUCAGGAUCAAGUUGCAAGCAAGGAUCACAUCAUGGGAGAAGCUGUGGUUCAGAUUCAAGGGGUAGCUGAGCACCUGCAGACUUUGGCAGUACAAGCUGAUGUACUAAGUGUGAAGUAUGAAUCGGAAUCAGAACAGGGGCAAAAGUUGGCAUCAUUACUUAGGGAGAUUAAAGUUCUAAGUGUUAGGGCAAAGCCGUAUUUAUAG